GGCGCAUGUGUUUCUCGUUCGAGGCUGUCGCUCCUGGUCGUUCCUUCGCCUUUGUACAGUUCUUUGGCAAGUUCGAGCACAUCGCUGAUCGAUCGUAAAUCCUCCGGUCGAAGUCCGAACAGAUCAAUAAAUACGCUGUUUGUCAGUCCGCUCGUCAGUAUUCCAGCGUAUUCAACAUGGACAACAGCAGAGUCGAAAUAUGCGUGCACGAGGGAAAGUUAAUUGGUAUUGUAGAAAAAGGUGUUUACGGUGACUACUACACCGCCUUUCGAGGAAUACCAUAUGCGAAACCGCCAAUUGGAGAACUUAGAUUCAAAGAUCCGGUACCAGCGGAAUCAUGGUCCGGUGGUAGAGACGCCUCAAAGCACGGAAAUAUCGCUGUUCAAUUGAAUAAUUUCACACGCGAAAUUGAGGGCGAUGAAGAUUGUCUCUAUUUAAAUGUGUACACAACGAAAAUUGAAUCCUCGAAAAAACGUACUGUUAUGGUAUGGAUACACGGCGGUGUCUUUUGUUGGGGUUCCGGUGAUGCACUCUUUUAUGGCCCCGAUUACAUCGUGCAAAAAGACGUAGUUUUGGUUACCUUGAAUUAUAGACUAGGCGUUCUAGGUUUCUUAAACCUUAACAACAAAGUGGCAACGGGUAAUCAAGGUCUGAAGGAUAUAAUCAUGGCGUUACAAUGGGUCCAGAAAAAUAUAUCAAAAUUCGGUGGAGACCCAGAAAAUGUCACUAUCUUCGGUGAAAGUGCUGGUGGAGCUCUCGUACAUUAUCUCACUCUGUCACCAUUAGCCAAAGGUACAAUAUAUUUUGUCGAUAUAGUAGACUUAUCAAUACACUCACAAUAAUUUAGAUUCUUCCAA